CUCUCUCUCUCUCUCUCUCUCAGUGCCGUGCGUGUCCAAUGGCUCUCUCUCAAUCGCUAUUCCUCCUCUCCUCCGAUCUCAUCACCAUCUCCUCCACUUCCUCCACCGUCCGAACCACCCGCUCCUUUCCCGCCACCACGCCUCGAACCUUAGGGCUGAGAUCUUGGCCGCAGAGGAGCCCUCGAUGGCCCAAUCGACGGCCCACCGCGGCCGGCGCGGCUCUGGCGGAAGAUCUGGCCCUCCGCCCCGGGGAGGACUUGCCAGAGGACUACGCGUCGUGGCUUCCGGCGGGAGACCCAAGCCGGUGGCGGCGGGCUGGGGUGCUGCUCCACCCGACCUCGCUGCCGGGGCCGUACGGGAUCGGGGAUCUCGGCGACGAGGCGCUUCGCUUCUUGGACUGGCUCCACUCCGCCGGUUGCUCCGUCUGGCAGGUUCUUCCACUUGUACCUCCAGGGAGGAAGUCCAGGGAAGAUGGAUCACCCUAUGCAGGCCAGGAUGCAAAUUGUGGUAACACCCUUCUGAUUUCUCUUGAGGAGCUAGUUAAAGAUGGCUUACUGAUGAAGGAUGAACUUCCAGAGCAGAUGGAAAUGGAGCAUGUUGAAUUUGCAAGUGUAGCAAAUGUAAAAGAUCCUAUAAUAGCAAAGGCAGCAGAGAGGCUUCUUCAAAGUCGAGGGGAGCUCAAGAAACAUCUUGACAACUUUCGUAAAGAUCCUGGAAUUUCAGGUUGGCUUGAAGAUGCUGCUCUUUUUGCUGCAAUUGACCAUAGUGUUGAUAAAUUUUCCUGGUAUGGUUGGCCGGAACCUUUAAAAAAUCGCCACCUUUGCGCCUUGGAAGACAUAUAUCAAAACCACAAGGAUUUUAUUGACAUAUUUAUUGCUCAACAAUUUUUAUUUCAAAGGCAAUGGCAAAGAGUUCGCAGGUAUGCUAAGAAGUUGGGAAUUAAGAUUAUGGGUGACAUGCCUAUUUAUGUCGGAUAUCACAGUGCUGAUGUUUGGGCAAACAAAAAAUUAUUUUUGCUGGAUAGGGGUGGUUUUCCAGUUCUUGUUAGCGGUGUUCCUCCUGAUGCCUUCAGUGAAACUGGUCAGCUAUGGGAUAGCCCUUUAUAUGACUGGAAAGCUAUGGAAGAUGAUGGUUUUGCAUGGUGGAUACAAAGAAUUAAACGUGCACUUGAUUUGUAUGAUGAAUUUAGGAUAGACCAUUUCAGAGGUUUUUCCGGCUUCUGGGCUGUUCCUUCUGAAUCAAAGGUAGCAAUGUUUGGAAGCUGGAAGGCUGGACCAAGAAAAACAUUCUUUGAUGCCAUCUUUAGAGCUGUUGGAAAAAUCAAUUUAAUAGCAGAAGACUUGGGAGUGAUUACUGAGGAUGUUGUUCAGCUAAGAAAAGCUAUUGGGGCUCCUGGAAUGGCAGUUCUCCAGUUUGCUUUUGGAAGUGGCUCAGACAACCCUCACUUGCCUCAUAAUCAUGAGCAAGAUCAAGUCGUAUACACCGGAACCCAUGAUAAUGACACGAUCCUUGGUUGGUGGGAAAAUUUGGAGGAGGAAGAGAAGUGUAAUGUCCAAAAUUACCUCUGGAUCACCAAUGAAACCAUCUCAUGGGCGUUAAUUCAUGCUGCAAUUUCUUCAGUUGCCCGUACUGCUAUCAUACCCAUGCAAGACAUCCUUGGUCUGGGAAGCUCUGCUCGGAUGAACAUUCCAGCAACACAGUUAGGCAACUGGAGAUGGAGGAUACCGAGCUCGGUCAGUUUCGAUGGCCUAAAGCCUGCAGCAGAGAAAUUGAGGGACCAGUUGGCAUUGUACAACAGGUUAUGAAGCAAUGGUCAUCAAAGCUUGGUCGUAGCUACUGAACCUUGGGCACCUGUUUCUAUAAUCCACCGGUUUUGAGUCUUUGGAUAGUUUUCUAUCUAUUUUGUACCACUUGAAUGCGUAAGGUGUGUCAAGAUGACAUAUUUUAAAGUAUCAAAUAACAUUUGUCCUCCAGGACAAUACAAAGAGAUGUUCUGCAAAA